UUGGUCUCUUGGAGAUUUGUCUCGGCUUUUGAUUCAGAUUGGAUUGCAAAGUAUUUAAAAUGAAGCUGAAGUCUAAAACAAAACAGAACAGCGCUCCUUUUCGAUCUAAAAACUAUUUUCACUUGAAAUAUUUUUUGAACGCCUUCAAACUGUUCAGUCCGCUGUGUAACACUUAAUCGGCUAUAUCUUUCUAGAACUUCCUGCAUCGACAGCACUGGCGGUCCCAGCGUGAGAACCUUAACAACUUAAUUUGCACUUCUCCUCCUCACACCUUCUUAAAAGCUGGUAAUGUGAUGAUUAAAACAACAGACAGUAGACUCUUCUUCAAACUGAGGCAGGGGCAACAACAAAAAAAUUGGCACUGUAAUUACAGCACUAAAUUAUAAGUAAGUCAAGCAUUUGUUGAUCAGAGUCGUACAGUAGUGCCCAGGAUUUGGAAAUUGAUUAUGCAUUCUUAUCACAUUCUUUGCGACAAGGUCAUUCACAUACAUAUUUGUGUGUGUGUGUGUGUGCUUGAACAGGCUGACUGGAGAGUGCAUAUACCCAUAUCCACAACCAGCUGUGCCCCUGUGUAGAUUUGGCCAAGUGCCAUUGGGCCCUCUCCAUGGGGUGUAUUUAAUGUCUGCAGAGGAGAUGCCAGAUGAUCAGUGAGGAAUGGAGGUCUCAGGGGACAGCAACCACGUGACCAGCGCUGCCACAAGACGUCAGCGGCAGAUGGCAUGGGUACCCGCUCUGGCGGUUGGCAUGAGUGUCAUUCCUCAAAGAGAGAGAGAGAGUGGGAGAGGAGCACGAAAAGAGAAAGAGGGGGAAUAAAGAGAGAAGCUACUUGAAGAUUUCAGGAUGUUGACUUUACCGUUCGAAGAACAAGAUAUGAUGUGUGAGCCCAGGUUCGGUGCAAAUUAUCCUCGCGAAAGCUUACCUGUGAACCUCGACCGGGAGCCGACUAGACAACACUUUGAUGAAAUGUCCAAUUCGGAAACUAGAGACGAAGACGAUGACAUUUCAGAUAGGGAAGAAGAAGAUAGAGAGGACGAGAAUGAAAACGACCUCCCAAAAAAGAGAGGGCCGCGUAAAAAGAAGACCAAAGUGAGGAAUGAAAGGGUCAAAGUUAGACGCCAGGAAGCUAAUGCGCGGGAGCGCAGCCGAAUGCACGGACUCAAUGACGCACUGGAGAGCUUACGCAAGGUCGUGCCAUGUUACUCUAAAACUCAAAAAUUGUCCAAAAUAGAAACACUUCGACUGGCAAAGAAUUACAUCUGGGCCUUAUCAGAGACUCUGAGCGCAGGGAAAAAACCGGAUCUGCUCGCCUUUGUGCAAACCUUGUGCAAAGGAUUAUCGCAACCGACCACUAACUUGGUGGCUGGCUGUUUGCAACUGAACGCCAGAAAUUUCCUCACAGAUCCCAAUGGCGAUGUCAUGUUUUCUGCUAGGCCGCCUUACGAUACCAUAUACCCGUACCCGAGCUCUGACAUAAACACACCCGCCGGCAACAGCAGCAGCACAUUGGACAGCUCCAAGCCCUUUCGACACUACAACUACGGUGGUGCUUACGAGCCCUAUUAUGAAAACGCGUCCCCCGAGAGUGGGAGUCCACACUUCGAUGGUCAGCUAAGUCCUCCUAUGAACUUCAACGGGAUAUUUUCCCUUAAGCACGACGAGACCACAGAGUAUGGGAAGAACAACCACUACGGCAUGCGGUACUGCGCGGUGCCUGGGAGGGGGUCCCUGGGGCAGAAUCCCAUGUACAGAGUGUCCCCGGAGGGUCGUUUCCCAUAUGACUUGCAUCUACGCAGCCAACCCUACCAAACACAGGGUGAAAUGAACGGGUCUUAUCACAAUUAGUGGAACAUAAAGGAUGCAAUUCCCCUCUGAAGCGGGCCUAACGAAUUCGCUCCCCACAACAGAUUCAAGGAGAACCGUUAUGUCCGAAUGUACGCUUCAGACAUUUUUUACUAUCAAUUUGUUGUACCCAACCUUAGUGAUCUGUAGGUUUUUCUGUUUUAUUUAUUGACCUCGAUACUGUACACUGUAUUUUAAACGUAUGUUUAUUUUUAUUUGUUAUCUUUAGUCCGUUUUUAUCAUUAACCUAUCAGUUAGCCUAAACAAUUGAAUUUAAAUGGGAGGGUCAAAAUGAACACGUUACUUUGUGACUAUUUCAACUAAAGGCUACACAACUCAUCAGGGAAGUUCUUAUUUAUUUGUAGCCAUUUUGAUUGCAGUGAAGACAUUGACUUCUUAGCAAUAACGUUAAAUUGAGCUAUGCAACUCAGCAAAAUGCAAUCUCUCAUUCCUUGACAUAUUAGCCUUCUUAAUUCAUUGCGCAGUUCAAGUAGUGACAUAAUUACAUUAUUAAGGUAAGCUGACAAACAUUGCAGGACAAGACGACCUUUCCCGAAUAAAUGUUACAUUGGUUUCAUCCGUGCCAUAUAAGUUGAGCCAUGCAGGUAGAAAAAAGUAAGUUGCAACAAAGUUUGUAAAGAUGUUCAAGUGUAAUAAGAAGAAAGAAAAAAUGCAGAAAAAUGCAAUGUGAAACACUGGUGUAUAAAGUUUCAAGUUGAAUGUAAACGAAUUAUGUAUACGAAUUUAUGAACAGAUUGUUAUUGGUUCGUUUGAUCUUUAUCCGUGUGAAUAUUGUGUUAAUAAUGUAAUUCUUUCGGCUGCGUAAAAUUGAAAUUUCUAACUUUACGUGAAAUUUCAUGCAUUCUGACUCUUGCCUAUUAUAUUGUAGGCCUAUUUCCAUUUAAUUCAAACAUGAGAAUCAUAAGGAUAUUUCUAUGUAUGAUGAGGAACUGUCUGGUCCUCAUAUUGUCUAUUAGAAAAGUAUGGAGAAUCGAAGGGCCUUAAUUUUAUGAACUGGCAAGGACAUCACCUGUUAUGCAAAGGCAUGAAUAUUUUCGUGGCUUGGCUGUGUACAGUAGCGGUUUGUUGUCCCAGUGUGAAAACUUGAAGACUUGUCAGUGGACAACUGUAAUGCACUAAACGUAUUUCUGCACAUUAUUAGUGAUUAUGUGAUUAAUAUGAUUUCAAAUGAUCUGUUUUGUAACGUCACAUAUGAUAAAU